CGCGUGGGAGACCAGAAGAGCGGGGUUUCGCACUGACCUGCGCGCCCCGGCUUACUGUAGGGGAGCGGCGUCGACGAGGUUCUGCUUUCUGCCUGCUCUUCCGCUGAUUGCCCUGGGGUGCAGCUUCUGGGUCACCUUGUUCCUGGUAGGAAAAUGGGAGCCAUUAGGCAAAUGUGACCUGCAUUUUCAAGAUACCAGCUAAUAAUACUGAAGGAGAAGCAAAAACAAUAUGGAUGGCUUAAUUGAACAGAAUAGUGUACUAAUGAACAGUAAAAUCAAUGAAGCUGGGAAAAGGAACGGCUUAAUUAACACCAGAAACUUAAUGGCAGAGAAUAGAGAUGGCCUGGUAUCUGUUUACCCAACACCCCAGUAUCAGACUCACAUAGUGGGGAAUAUCUCAUCCCAGAGCUGCUUAGAGAACAGCAGGAAUGAUCCAGUGCAGCAGUUACUGGAUCCCAAUACACUUCAACAGACUGUGGAAUCUCACUAUCGCCCCAACAUCAUCCUGUACUCAGAGAAUGUGCUGCGUUCCUGGGGGGAGAGUGGCAGCUCGGACUGCUGUGAGACCACCUUUAUCGAGGACCGCUCACCUACCAAAGAUAGCCUAGAGUAUCCUGAUGGAAAAUUCAUUGACCUUUCCUCAGAUGACAUCAAGAUCCAUACUCUCUCCUAUGAUGUGGAAGAAGAAGAGGAGUUCCAGGAGCUAGAGGUCCUUGAGAGUGACUAUUCAAGUGACACAGAGAGCGAGGACAACUUUCUGAUGAUGCCUCCACGGGAUCAUCUGGGCCUCAGUGUUUUCUCCAUGCUCUGCUGCUUCUGGCCUUUGGGAAUUGCUGCCUUUUACUUGUCCCAUGAGACUAACAAAGCUGUGGCCAAGGGUGACUUCCACCAAGCCAGCACCAGUUCCCGACGGGCACUCUUCCUGGCUGUGCUCUCCAUCACGAUUGGAACUGGCCUCUACGUAGGAGUGGCUGUGGCACUGAUCGCCUAUCUCUCCAAAAACAAUCAUUUAUGAGCCCCUGGCAAAGGGAGUAAGAGGGAAGGACUCAGUGGAUGAAGAGAAACCAGAGCUGAGCUGAAGGUGAGAAGAUGAUCCCUGGUAUGGGGGAUCAGGAAGACAUGUGAUAGUGUUCAUUAUGAAUCACAAAACAACUCCAUGACGCCCUGACUUUUUCUAUCUGCAUUUUAUUUUCUUUCUUUUUGGCCUUUUAAAGGUCUUUUGCACCAUUGUGCUGAGCAGGAGACAGGAGAACCGAAUACUUUUAGAAAGAAGACUCCAGCAGUGAUCCCAAACUGUGAGGCACCUCUGGUUUGUUUCUGUCUGGCUAAAUAAUACUGUGUCUACAUGGCACGCAUAAGAAGCACUGCUAACAGUGAUAGCAAUAGGCAAACAGAAGAAUGACUCUGUUUCUGUGGACUACAGAGCUUCAGAGACAGAGAGUGCAAGGGAUACACCAUGACUUCAUAUUGGCAAUGCUUGAUCCCUCUUGCACACCUUUGAUACCCCCAGAAGAAAAUGAUACAAAAAUUAUCUCCCUAUCUCCUCACGUUUGGGGUGAGGGGCUGACCAGCUCCCAGGGCCUGUCCCCAGCUGACACUACCCCAUGAGCCAGCCCAGCCCCAGAAUGCAGGACCAGAAUAGCAUGGAAUCUGUCUUCAUCCCCACCACUGCUUCUUCUCCAUGGCGACUACAAAAUAAGGCCAUAAUGGGCCUUCUCUGAGAGUUUUUAAGUCAGUGAGAGACCAGGUGCUUCUGUGAAAAGAGGAGAAUGGCAAAGAAAGGACUGGACCUAAAUCGAAAAGAGGAGCAAAGCAUCCCUCCUAUGGACUCCUCCCUGUGCACAGCUGAGCCGAACACGAGCAUUGUAACCUCAUGGCAACAGAGCUUACCAACCCCAAGACUGGAGACUCAGCCUCAGAAUGAAGAAAUAUUGGGACAUUUAUUUUCUUUGCUUUGUUGUCACUCACCUCGAUGAUAAGCAUUGUACCUAGCUAUCUUGUGAAGGAGUUGAACGCUAUCCUUACUUUGUUGACUAAAUGAAUAGCUUAUUUUCUCUUCAUAUUUUUUUUAAAGUAGCAAUCAUUGCUUCAUGUUGCUCAGUUUAUCAGAUGAAUGCUGAGAAAGUAAUAAUCACAGCCAUUUUAAUACUGUUUCAUGUCUAUU